ACAUUGGCCAGAAGGGGGAGACAUUUGCUAUGGUGAGCCAUGCGGUCCGGAAGACAGAUGUAAAUAUUUCGUGACGUAAGAGACUAUCUCCGGACUGUCCACCACCAAGAUCCACCCAUCCAUGAUACCACACAGUACACAACCUUGGUGAAUAGAUUUUUUUUGUCCAGCUGUUGUUGCUCCGUGACAGAACAAGAUGCAGAAAAGGAGGAAGCCGGAGCCGAUCACGCUCAACCCGAUUCCUGAUGGGAACGCUAUCAACGGAACCGGGUCCACAGAGACCAACCUGGAGGCCCUGCAGAAGAAGCUGGAGGAGCUGGAGCUGGACGAGCAGCAGCGGAAGCGUCUGGAAGCUUUCCUCACGCAGAAGCAGAAGGUGGGCGAGCUCAAGGACGACGACUUCGAGAAGAUCUGUGAGCUGGGCGCCGGCAACGGAGGCGUGGUCUUCAAGGUCUCACACAAACCCUCCGGCCUCAUCAUGGCACGCAAGCUGAUCCACCUGGAGAUCAAGCCGGCCAUCCGUAACCAGAUCAUCAGAGAGCUGCAGGUGCUGCACGAGUGCAACUCGCCCUACAUCGUGGGAUUCUACGGAGCCUUCUACAGCGACGGGGAGAUCAGUAUCUGCAUGGAGCACAUGGAUGGGGGAUCUCUGGACCAGUCCCUGAAGUUGGCCGGCAAAAUCCCUGAACAGAUCCUGGGCAAAGUCAGCAUUGCGGUAUAGUGCCUGUGUGUUAAGGGCCUGGCCUACCUGAGGGAAAACACAAGAUCAUCACAGAGAGAUGUGAAGCCAUCCAACAUCCUGGUGAACUCGCGCGGGGAGAUCAAGCUGUGCGAUUUCGGCGUGAGCGGACAGCUCAUCGACUCCAUGGCCAACUCGUUUGUGGGGACGCGCUCCUACAUGUCCCCGGAGAGACUGCAGGGCACCCACUACUCCGUGCAGUCGGACAUCUGGAGCAUGGGGCUGUCGCUGGUGGAGAUGGCCAUCGGACGCUUCCCCAUCCCGCCACCCGACGCCAGGGAGCUGGAGCAGAUCUUCGGGCAGCCCGUGGAGGGGGACCCCUCGUCCGCAGAGACCUCCCCCAAACCCAGGCCCCCCGGCAGGCCUGGGAGCUCCUACGGCCCUGAGAGCAGGCCUCCGAUGGCCAUCUUUGAGCUGCUUGACUAUAUUGUGAAUGAGCCUCCUCCAAAGCUGCCGGGGAUCUUCAGUGCUGACUUCCAAGAUUUCGUUAAUAAAUGCUUAAUCAAGAACCCAGCAGAAAGGGCAGACCUGAAGCACCUGGUGGUCCAUCCCUUCAUUAAGCAGUGCGAGGCGGAGGAGGUGGACUUUGCCGGCUGGCUGUGCAGCACCAUCGGGCUGAACCAACCUGUGACACCCACCCACAGCGCGGGGGUGUGAGAGCGUGACCCUCCCCCCACCAUCCCUAACAGCCAUGCCAAACAAGACCCUCUGCCAACCUCCAGCAAACACACACACACACACUAACCAACCGCCUACCAUGUGCUAACACCCUCACACACAAAAGUCUGCCAAUCA